GUUAACAUGCAAUAUUCUUAGUACAAUAGAGUAAAAGCCCUUGGAGAAGGUGCCUAUGGUAAAGCUUAUCUUGUGAAAGAUGUAAACGAUGGGUAUAAAAGUUUUGAUAAAUGUUAAGUUCAUUUUGGGUUUAAAAAUAAAUCGACAUUAAUUUGAUGACAGAAAAAGAGAAAAUUGAGACAUAUAGAGAAUUUAAAGUGCUUUAACAACUUUAGCAUCCUAACAUCAUAAAAUUCAGAGAUGUAUACCUUACAACGUCGGGUAAACUGUGCAUUAUAAUGGAAUAUGCUGAUAGUAAAUGAAUGUCCCUAGUCUACCUUAGGAGGUGAUUUGGGUUAAAUCAUUAAGAGCUAAAAUGGAAAGUAAUUACCAGAGAAUUAAAUUUUGGAUUGGUUUACACAGAUAUGUUUAGCCCUUAAACAUGUUCACGAUCGUAAAAUCUUACAUCGUGAUUUGAAAUGUUAGAACAUUUUUCUUACCAAAAAUAAUCGUAUAAAGUUGGGCGAUUUUGGAAUUGCUAGAGUACUAUCCCAUACCUUAGAAAAUGCAAAAACAUAAAUUGGAACACCUUAUUAUCUCUCUCCUGAAAUGAUAGAAUCUAAACCAUAUUCUUACUCAGUAUUAUAAAUUAUUAAACUAAGAGUGAUAUAUGGUCUUUAGGGAUUGUACUAUAUGAAAUGUGUAUGUUAAAACCACCUUUUGAAGCUGAUAGCUUACAUUUUCUUUGUCUUAAAAUAUGUAAAGGAACUUUUAGCAAUAUUUCUUCAAAUUAUUCAGCUGAUCUCAAUAACAUCGUUAAAUAAUUAUUAUAAACUACAUCAAAUAGAAGACCAACCAUUAAUAAAAUAUUAAGUAAUAAAAAAUCAUUUAAUUUUUAGAAAUUCCUCUUAUUGUAAACAGAAUCAAAGAAUUUCUAACUCAAAGUAUUUAAAAAAAUGAAUUCUCUCAUACUAUUUUGCAUAAAUAAGUAAAGUUAAUCUUAUAAUAAUAAGAAAUUAAAUAUAGAUAAUAAUGUUACUGAACUUAAAAUCCUAGAUGAUUUACCAAAACCUCCUAUACUUAAUUCUUAAUAAUAAAGUGGACCUAUUUAUUAAAACCCAGCUCCUCUUAUUAAAGCAACUAAUUCUACACCAAAUAAUAUUCAAAAUAAUCCAAAACCAUCCUAACCCAAAUAAUAAUAAUAAUAAUAAUAAUAACCUUAAAAAUAAUAGCCUUAAAAAAGAGAGAGAUCUUUUACACCAUAAAAAAAUUAAAUAAAGAAAUAAAAUAAUAUUCAAGUAUCAAAAAAUAAUCCAAUAAUUAAUAUUGCUAGAAAUGACAGCAAAAAGAAAGUUGAUUAAGUUUAAUCAAAUAAUUAGAUUCCUUAAACUAAAAGAGAUUCAUAAGUUGAAUAAAAUUCAAAAAAAUCAAAACUUAUUAAUAAUGUUAGCUCACCAUCAUUAUAAUAAAAAUAACCUCUUUAAAAACCACAAAUACAAUAAUAACCCUCUUAAUAAUAGUUAAAAUAAUAAUAAUAACCUUAGUAACAAAUUGAAAGUUUUGAAAAUUUAAAUGAAUAUGAUGAUACUGAAUAAGAUGAACCAUAAAUGGAUUUUGGUAUUAAAUUUGAAUAAUCAGAUGAAAAAAAUGCUAUUGAAGAUGCUAAAAUUUGUGCGAAGAUGGAAGAAGCUGUAAUAUUAUAAAUUAAUUAUUAGUUGAUUGAAAAAGAUGAAAUUGAUGAAUAAUUUGAAUAAAAGAAAAAAUAAAUAAUGGAAACUGAAGGAUAAAGCGAUAUACGUGUUGAAGAAGACGAAGUAGAAAGUUCUUUAGAAACCUCUUAACCUGUAAGUGAUUCAAGCAAAUUAUCUUUCUUUGGUAAAACCAAUGGAGUGCUUUAAUUAAAAACAUUAUUAGAAUAAGCUUUAGGAGCAAAUAAAACACAAUAAGCAAUUAAAAUAUUAUUAAAGUAAUUUUAUAUUUAAAUAAAGUGAAUUGAACACUAAACCUCUUGAAGAUGUGGAAAAACAUGGGUAAAAUUAUUAUCAAAAAUUGUUACCCUUCUUAUCUUUAGAAGAACGUAAGAAUUUUGUACCACUUCUUUUUUAACUAAUAGUUUUAACAAAAUGA